AUGAUGAGUCCGAUAUCAAUAAUUUUCAAUAUAUUAAUCUUUUGCCACAAUGUAUUCGCUCUUAACAUUCUCGGUAUAGUUUCGGUGCCCCUUAAAAGUCACUACAUGGCUAUGCAAAAACUUUUUCCAGAACUGGCGGCUCGGGGCCAUUCCGUUACCGUUAUUAACAACUUUCCUACCCCUCAAAAUGUAAAAAACCUUAGGUUCAUUAAUUUGAACCGUGAUUUGAACGUGACUUUUACUACUUUAGAAAUGUUCGAAAAUUUGAAUCCGGCAUUUUUGCAUUGGAAAAACUUUCAUCGUUUUCUGACGUACACGUCGAAUUUAGUGCAGAGUGACUGUGAAUGUUUAUUUACAAAUGAAGACGUCAAGAGACAUCUUGCCGAACGAAAUAAAUACGAUGUUGUGUUUGUGGAGAUGUUCACGAGUGAUUGUGCUCUGGUGUAUGCUGCGACUAAUUUUGACGCGCCUAUUAUUGGAAUAACUUCUCAUGUUCUGCUGCCGACCACGUACUCGCCGCUGGGGAUACCCUUCGACAUAGCAUCAGAUUCAUACUUAUUUACCAAAGGAGGGCCGAAUCCAUCUAUAUUGACGAAAGUUGAAGUAGUUGUAAUGAAAUUAUGUUACUAUAUCCAGGAGAGAUUCUAUUUUCAUCCAAUACUACAGCAGCACGUACAAAACACUUCUAUAGACCUUGAGCGCGUGGCAAAAGACAGGAUGAAAAUGGUAUUCGCUUAUCAACAUUAUUCUAUGACAGGAGCGCGUCUGCUGGCGCCACAGCUAUUGGAGAUAAGUGGACUUCACAUAUCAAAACCAAAGCCAGUGCCACAGGAUGUAGAAGAUUUUCUUUCGAAUGCUGACCACGGCGCCAUCUACGUGAGCUUUGGCACAAAUCUGAACAGCAGUCUUAUGUCCCCGCGCAUGCUGAAGAAUUUCCUGGCAGCCUUUAAGAAAAUCCCCCAGAAAGUUCUGUUCAAAUGGGAAAAUGAUACGUUCCCGGAAGGGAACGAUAACGUUCUCACUAGAAAAUGGUUCCCGCAACUGGAUGUUCUGUGUCAUCCAAAAGUUAUGGGAUUCGUGUCCCACAGUGGAAUGUUGAGCUCCACAGAAGCGGUUUACUGCGGCAAGCCAAUGGUUACUAUGCCGUUCUUCGGAGACCAGUUCGAUAACUCAGGUUCGCUCGAAGCCAUCGGUUUCGCUAAAACUCUGUACUUGGCCAACGUCACACCUGAGAACUUGGCUAAUGCUAUCACUGAGAUAACAUCACCACAAAUGCAGCGGAACGCACAAAAAGUAUCUCAGCUUUGGCACGACCGACCUUUACCGGUAAUGGAUAGUGCCAUCUAUUGGACUGAGUAUGUAGCGCGCUACCGUACCGCGCCUCCUUCACUGCCUUCCAAACACAGCACGUGGUUCGAGUCGUUAUUACUAGAUGUCAUUAGUGUAUUUGUUUUGAUUGCCUUUGUGUUAGUAUGGUUAAGUCUGGUAAUUUGUAAAUUAAUUAGAAAGUUGUGUAGAUUACUACUAAGUAAAUUCAUUUGUAGGACUAAAGAAAAGACUCAGUGA